AUGUUCUUCAUACACUUCCUUGAGCAUGUCCUGACGCUGCAUCCGUCGUUCUUCGGGUCGCAUGUGAAGGAGUACCUUAGCCAGAAGCUGCUGGACGAUGUGGAAGGCAUCUGUACGGGCGACUACUACAUCGUCUGCGUGAUGGACAUGUACGAUAUCUCUGAGGGCAAAAUCAUACCCGGCAGCGGUCUGGCAGAGUAUACCAUCGUCUACCGUGCCAUUGUCUGGAAGCCGUUCAAGGGAGAGACGGUAAGAGAUCGAGACAAAAAGCACUUUUUUAUAUACUUUGGAGGUCUCUUUUCGGCAUCAAGCUAA